CGUCUCUCACUCAUCAUUUAUAUAAACAUCAAUCUGCAGCCUACACAUAGACCAUAUACAGGGUUAAUUUAAAAAUCAAAUGGGAAGCUGUAUCUCCUUCUCCUCGUCGUCGGGAACUCGUCGUCGCAGCUCCGCCGCCGCCGACGUGAUUCUGUCCAACGGUGAACUCCGCCAGUUCUUUGUUCCCGUGAAGGCCUCCCAAGUACUACUAAUGUUCUCCGGCUCCGCGGCGGCGUCUUUCUUCCUGUGCAACUCCGACCGCCUCUAUUUCGACGAGCACAUACCCGCGAUGGAUGCGGAGGAGGAGCUGGAGGCUGGUCAGAUCUACUUCGUCCUCCCCGCCGGCAAGCUCCAACACCGCCUCGCCGCAUCCGACAUGGCCGCUCUCGCAGUCACCGCCAGCGCCGCCCUCAAGAGCACCCGGAUUCGCGCUAAAACCAGCAGAAUUUCGCCCUUAACCGGCGGCGGCAGCGAAUCUACGACAGUCGUUACUAGCAGCAGUACUACUGGCGGCAGCAGCACUAGUAAUAAUAGUUCUUCAUCGGCGGCGAUAACGAAGCUGCAAAGGUAUUCGUCGUCGUCUCGGCGGGUAAAAAUGGCGGGAAUUCGAACCUUCAGGCACAGACUGGUGACCAUUAACGAGGGAUCGGUUCUGGGUCGUCGUCCUCAUUGAUAUGUAUGUAUAUAGAUCCAUAUAUCUUGCCCGGCCUAGCCUGCACUUUCAUCUAUCCAUAUCAGUUAUUCAUCCAUUCUUGAUGGGCCCGGGAAUUAGCCUUGUUAGAAGACAAGAGUACGUGGACCGCGCGCCCGCCCACUGGCACAGUGUAGACGGCGAUUAAACCGCAUCUGGCGCCCCUUUUUGGCGCCGACCAAAACUAGGCCAAUCAUGUGUGUGCUAAGCUAGCUCCUAUAUUU